AACACUGUCAAUAUUCGACCAACAACAAAUAACAAAAACAAAACAUGGCUGCGAUGUUGAAUUUUUAAACAAAAAAAGUCAUUUUUCUGCAAUAAAUAAAGAAGAAAAAAUAAAUACUAACAGAAAAAUGUAUCUCGGUGCCAAUUUACGAAUACGUAAACUCGGUCUUUGUGUAAUUGGAGGACUUUUAAUUUUAGUUUAUCUUUAUUCUGUUCGUACGUCAACAAAUACAAUAUCAAUGAAAACACUUCUUGCUGGUGCAAUAAAAGCAGCAGAAAUUGGAGGUUUGGAAAUAAUUGAUGUUCAUAAUAAUAGACGAUUGAAUAUUGAGAGCAAAGGAAAAACAAAUGAAGGUGUAAAUGAUCCAGUAACAGCAGCUGAUUAUAAAUCACACUGUGCAAUGUAUAAUGCACUUAAAGCAGCAUUUCCCAAAAUAACAGUUAUAUCUGAAGAAAAAUCGAAAGAAUGCGACAAAGUUAAUGUUUUUGAUUUAACAGAUUCAUUCAAAAAUAUUGAUGAUUGGAAAUUUGAUGAUUUUUUUGUUAAUGUAAAUGAUGUUACCAUUUGGAUUGAUCCUCUAGAUGCAACUAAAGAAUUUACAGAAAAUUUAUUACAAUAUGUUACAACAAUGGUUUGUAUAUCAAUUAAAAAAGAACCAAUUAUUGGAGUGAUACACAAACCUUUUGAAUCAAAAUCAACAUAUUGGGCUUGGGUUGAUCAUGGAUCUUCAGAUAAUUUUAAAAUUCAUCUGCCAGAAGAUAAUAAAGUUCCAGUACUGAUUGUUUCGAGAUCUCAUGCUGGAACGAUACAAAAUGCUUCUAGAUUAGCUUUUGGAGACAAUGUACAAAUUAUUUCAGCAGCUGGAGCUGGUUAUAAAACUUUGGAAGUUGUCGCUGGUAAUGCAACAGCGUACGUUCAUAUGACUGCAAUUAAAAAAUGGGAUAUUUGUGCGUGUUCUGCUAUUAUCAGGACACUAGGUGGAAGAAUGACACCUUUAACCAGCUCUGGACGAAUUUCAUUUGGUGCAAAUGAUCCAACUGUAUUAAAUUCCGGUGUAUUAGCUACAAUGAAAGAUCAUAAUUGGUAUUUAGACAAAUUUAAUAACGUUUAAAGAAUUUAAUCAUAUCGAUUCAAAAAAAAAAUGUAUAGAAUCACGUUUAGUGAAUCGGAAAUUUCAAAUAUUUUGGGGCCCAAAUAAUUACUGAUUUAAGAUUUCAAUUUCAAUUUAGAAUGAAAAUUCUUGAAAUAUAAGAGAAUCAUUAGAAAUUGUUCUUCCAAUAUACUAGUUUCUUUUUUAGACAAUUUCUUUUAAAUUUCUAUGAUAUAAAGGAACAAAUUUUUCUAAUCUUUUUAUUAUAUGUAAAGUAAAAUUUUUGUCUUUUCUUAAAAUAUACAAACAAAUAAUUAGUUAUUUUCAGCUAGUCAUUAGUGGGCAGUUUUAUAUUUUAUUGAUUAAAAAGUUCAUUAACAAAUAUUCAUUUGAAUGUAGAUUAUGUACAAUUGGAUAGAUUUUAGAUUAUUAUAUCUAUAAUUUACAUGAUUUUAUAGAAUAGAAUUUUUAUAUAAUAUAUAUUUAUGAAAAAAAAUCACAUUUAGGAGAAUUUAAGAUUUCUUUUGACUUCUGUAUGAAAAGUUUUUCUUUUAGAAAUAUAUUUUUACUGUGUAAAUAUAGUUCUUUAAAAUCUUUUAUAAACAAUUUUCAAGGGAUAAUAUAUUUAUUAUUAUAUGUAUAUAUAUAUAUGUAAAAAUAUAUUUACAUAAUUAAUUCCAGCGCUUCUAUAGUGUAAUAGGUUGUAAAAUAUACAAAAUUUAAAAGAACUAUAAUAAAUUAUCAGAACAGUUUGUUUAUUGUCAUAUUAGUUAAAUAUUUCUAUUAUUAACUUUUUAAACAUAAAACUAUAUAUUUAUAUAAAUACGUAUAUAUAAUUUGUUUUUUACAUUUUUCAAUAUAUUUCUACUUUUAAUGAGUUUUAUAUUAAAUAUUUUAUCGCACUCAGAUUUAAAAUUAUCUCUGUCGUCAUGUCUAAAAUAAUAUAUGUAUAUGUAAUUGAUGUUGGUUCUAGGGGAAAUAUUUAUAAGUUUAGUGCUGUAUAACCUCAAAAUUAAAAUAUACAAACUGUUUCUUAUAUUUUUUGUUUACAUUUUGUGAUAUUCAAUUUCAAUUGUUAUUAUGAAUAAUGAAUACAUUUUUGCCAACUUUAUCUAAUUUUAUUGAUUUUGCAAAUGUUUAUAUAGUUGAAAUUUCAAUAACUGUUUUUACAAUUAUAUUUGCAGUAUUUUUUAAUUUACGACUUUACAAGCGAAAACAAAAAGCGGUUAUUAAAAUAGAAAAAAAUGAUGAAAUUAUUCGUCAAGGUUUACAAGCAAGUUUCAAGCAAGCAAAACAAAAAGUAAUGGAACAAAAAUUUAUUACUUCGCAAAAUAAAGAUAAAGAAAAAGAG